GCAUGAAAACCGGAAGUGAGUGAAUGGAUUGGUUUUCAACUCUUGUUGGUUGUUAUGAUCAGAAGACCAAGAAUUAUUAUCAUGUAGAAGCACUUCUGAUAAAUUUAUAUUUCCAAAGACAAUAACUCAGAUGAUAUGUCUGAACUACAGGCUAUCUUAGAGUUUCUGGUUGAAUUCCAUAAAUUCUACAAUGUGGAUCUGUUUCAAAGAGGAUAUUACCAAAUAAGAACAACUUUAAAAACCUCAGCAAGAGUUCCAGCUAAGAUAGAAGUUACUCUGCCUAAAGCUACAGGUGAAACAUUAGUGCUGCCUUCUUGUGUCAAUGGUGGAUCAGCAAUCAGUAAAACUUUUCAGAUCUUGUAUCGUAAUGAAGAUGUCACAAUAAAUGAUUUGAUAUCUUUUAGACUUCACACCAUUAUAGACAGUUCUAAGAUUGAGGAAUGUCUAGAGAAAUUAGAACUACAGCUGGUUUUAGAAUUAUGGUUUUCAGAAGAAGAUGCAGGGCCUGGUUCCUUACAGGACAAAAUGGAGUCUGUGACCUCCAGGACUUUAUCUCUCCACUUUAGUCCAACUAAAGGCAUACAUCAUCAUGUUCCUGUUCUCUUUGAUUAUUUUCAUUUAUGUGCCUUAGAUACAACUGUACAUGGCACACUUAUAGGUCUUCACCAACCUGCUAUUACACUACCAAGACCCCCAAAAUCAGCCUGGACUAAGAAUGGACCUGGAGAGAAUAGUAUAGAAAUGGUCUACUUUGGGUCAGCAGCACAGUAUGGGGAUUAUUCCAGAAAUGAUACAGUUAGAUUACAUACAGCUUUCAAUGUUCACAGAAAACUCUGUACUGUUUUGUUAUCAGCUUAUGAAAGUUUACAGGCAACGUUUGAAUUGUACCUCAAGACUAUGAGAAAUUCUAUCUUUAAACUUGAACACAUGAAUUGUCAUCGACGUCUAGAGAUUAUCAUGGAUAGUAUACAGUGUUUUGACAACGAAGAAGAUCUGAUUAACAAAGCCACAACAGAUGUAACACAGCUUUGUGCAGAAAAUGUGAACUUAUGGUUCCAGUUUGUAGAAGUAGUAGCUUUAGACAGAAGUGUUCUGCAUCUACUCACACAGGAACAUCAUACGUCUAGGGCUAAAAGAUUUGCAGAAGGGUUUUUCACACAUGAUUACCCAAAACCAGAAUGUCUUUCCUGUUAUGAACCAAGUUUCCAUGGACAUGCUGAGUUGUGUAACAUUGUACGGAGUUCCGAGUAUUUCCAGAACCUGCCGUCUUUACAAUUAGAGAUCAGUGAUAUUGAUGGAGAUUAUACCACAUUACCUAUCAUCUUUGAAGAUGUGUAUUGUGAUCACAUUCCUAUGUCUAAUGAAAAAUUUCGAAUCAAAACUCAGGGAUCACAGAAAGAAAAAACAGAAAAGCUGAAAGCAAUUAGAUCCAAUUCAAAUGCCUCAAUCAGUUCUAAUACAAGUAAACAGAAAAAGAAAUUCAUUAAGAAUAUCAGACCAGACACUUUUAAACGUCCAUCUUCUUACUCCUGCUCUGAAGCUGAAGCAAUUGCUGCCAAGGAUCCGGUAAAGGAUUGUAUGCUUGUUGGAUAUAGAAAACUUGACCAAACAACAACAGUGACAGCCACUGACACUCGAUCCUCAAACAGACAGUCAAUAGUCCUUGGAACAUUUAGUCCUGCCCCAAACAGGGGAGAAGCUGCAGAUCCAAUUGAACAUCCGCCAUUAUCAAAUGCAGCGUCAAUGCCGUCCCUUUUCAAUCGGUCAAGCUGGAGUAGGACCAGUAUAACAUCCUUACCUGAAUAUACAGGUAGUUCUGGGUCACCCCACACCCAUCGUAGGUCAGUCAAGUCAGCGUUAAUGAAAAACAAACACAUUCAUUCAGAUUCAGAAGUGUGUGUUAGGAAAAAAGUUUUUGCAGACGAAUCAGCUUUGUCUAAAGAAGAUUCAGUCGAGGAGAGUGAAUCUUUAGGUGGUACGAGUGAAUUAACACAAGGUGAUGACAAGGUCAGUGAACGUGAUAUUAACUGUGAUAUAAAUAGUGCUGCAGGAGAAAUCGGUAUUGAAAAUAAUUCUUUGUCCAAAAUUGAUGAACAAUCCUCAUGUAGUAAAUUAGCUAACGAUCUUACACAGGCCUUGAAAAAGAAAGAAGAUUGGUACGUAAGGUCAGAGGUCGAUGAAAAUGAUGACCAAAGUGAUGAUGGAACUUGUGUUGCUAAUGGAUACGAUGAUAUAUUAGAAAACUAUGAUAAAGAUGAGCAAACAGAGGCUACAAAGCCUGUAAAUAGUACUGUUCAUAAACUAAGCAAAGGAUCAGACCAAACUAAUGGGUCUACACCUAGUCUUUCCAAAGACAGUGGCAUUAUUACUCAAGAUUCUGAUGAAUCUGAGCAUGAACAGGAAGAAAAAAUGACUGUUGCUGAAUUUUUACGUGACGAAUACCUCAGAUUAAGAAAUUCAUCGGAAUCUAAACCGGUGUCAACAGACAAUACAGACACAACAAAGCCUGAUAACUCCACAGAGGAAACAGCUAGUGUAGCCCAUCACAGGGCAGCAAGUGAUUCUAAUAUUGUUAAAAGUUUAGAAAGUUCAACAACAUCCAUUCAGAAUUCUUCAUCCGAGUCCAAAGGUUUUCAUCCAUCGAAGUCUUACCCAGAACUUUUAUCACAUUUACAAAAUGAUAGUCCUAAACUUGUUUCACAGAUAGGCCAUGCAACUUUAAGCUUUGUAGAGGCAAGGGAAAAUCUGAAAAAACAAAUGAAAUUUGAUGGGCAGCUUUAUAGUGAGUUCCAGACCUUAGCAUCAACUAUACCAUAUUUUAUGAUGCCACCAGAUGGCGUUGAUGACAGUGAAGGCCAUCAUUUGAUUGUAUGUGUUCAUGGAUUAGAUGGAAAUAGUGCUGAUUUAAGAUUGGUGAGAACAUACAUAGAAAUGGGACUGACCGGGUAUAAACUAGAAUUUCUUAUGUCAGAAAGAAACCAGGACACAUUUGCAGACUUUGAUGUAAUGACAGAAAGAUUAGCCAAUGAAAUUAUAGCUUACAUUGAUAUGUAUGGAUUAAAUGUUACCAAACUAAGUUUUAUUGGUCAUUCCCUGGGUAAUCUCAUCAUCAGAUCUGUAGUGUCCAGGUCUAAACUGAAACAUCUAGUCCCAAAGUUAUACACAUUCUUAUCUCUAUCUGGACCUCAUCUAGGAACAUUGUACAACAGUAGUGGACUAGUUAAUAUGGGGAUGUGGUUUAUGCAGAAGUGGAAGAAAUCUGGUUCCCUGUUACAGUUAUCCCUGAAGGACAAUGUAGAUCCCAGACAAUCGUUUCUGUACAAAUUAAGUCAAAAACCAGGUUUGGAAUUGUUUAGACAUGUGUUACUGGUGGGAUCAUCACAAGAUAGAUAUGUUCCUUAUCAUUCCUCUAGGAUAGAGAUGUGUAAAGCUGCUCAAAGAGAGAGUUCUGGAAUGGGUAAGUCAUCACAAGAUAGAUAUGUUCCUUAUCAUUCCUCUAGGAUUGAGAUGUGUAAAGCUGCUCAAAGAGAGAGUUCUGGAAUGGGUAAGUCAUCUCAAGAUAGAUAUGUUCCUUAUCAUUCCUCUAGGAUAGAGAUGUGUAAAGCUGCUCAAAGGGAGAGUUCUGGAAUGGGUAAGUCAUCACAAGAUAGAUAUGUUCCGUAUCAUUCCUCUAGGAUAGAGAUGUGUAAAGCUGCUCAAAGAGAGAGUUCUGGAAUGGGUAAGUCAUCUCAAGAUAGAUAUGUUCCUUAUCAUUCCUCUAGGAUAGAGAUGUGUAAAGCUGCUCAAAGAGAGAGUUCUGGAAUGGGUAAGUCGUCACAAGAUAGAUAUGUUCCUUAUCAUUCCUCUAGGAUAGAGAUGUGUAAAGCUGCUCAAAGAGAGAGUUCUGGAAUGGGUAAGUCAUCACAAGAUAGAUAUGUUCCUUAUCAUUCCUCUAGGAUUGAGAUGUGUAAAGCUGCUCAAAGAGAGAGUUCUGGAAUGGGUAAGUCAUCACAAGAUAGAUAUGUUCCUUAUCAUUCCUCUAGGAUAGAGAUGUGUAAAGCUGCUCAAAGAGAGAGUUCUGGAAUGGGUAAGUCGUCACAAGAUAGAUAUGUUCCUUAUCAUUCCUCUAGGAUAGAGAUGUGUAAAGCUGCUCAAAGAGAGAGUUCUGGAAUGGGUAAGUCAUCACAAGAUAGAUAUGUUCCUUAUCAUUCCUCUAGGAUAGAGAUGUGUAAAGCUGCUCAAAGAGAAAGUUCUGGAAUGGGUAAGUCAUCACAAGAUAGAUAUGUUCCGUAUCAUUCCUCCAGGAUAGAGAUGUGUAAAGCUGCUCAAAGAGAGAGUUCUGGAAUGGGUAAGUCAUCACAAGAUAUAUAUGUUCCUUAUCAUUCCUCUAGGAUAGAGAUGUGUAAAGCUGCUCAAAGAGAGAGUUCUGGAAUGGGUAAGUCGUCACAAGAUAGAUAUGUUCCUUAUCAUUCCUCUAGGAUAGAGAUGUGUAAAGCUGCUCAAAGAGAGAGUUCUGGAAUGGGUAAGUCGUCACAAGAUAGAUAUGUUCCUUAUCAUUCCUCUAGGAUUGAGAUGUGUAAAGCUGCUCAAAGGGAGAGUUCUGGAAUGGGUAAGUCAUCACAAGAUAGAUAUGUUCCGUAUCAUUCCUCUAGGAUAGAGAUGUGUAAAGCUGCUCAAAGAGAGAGUUCUGGAAUGGGUAAGUCGUCACAAGAUAGAUAUGUUCCUUAUCAUUCCUCUAGGAUAGAGAUGUGUAAAGCUGCUCAAAGAGAGAGUUCUGGAAUGGGUAAGUCAUCACAAGAUAGAUAUGUUCCUUAUCAUUCCUCCAGGAUUGAGAUGUGUAAAGCUGCUCAAAGAGAGAGUUCUGGAAUGGGUAAGUCAUCACAAGAUAGAUAUGUUCCUUAUCAUUCCUCUAGGAUAGAGAUGUGUAAAGCUGCUCAAAGAGAGAGUUCUGGAAUGGGUAAGUCAUCACAAGAUAGAUAUGUUCCUUAUCAUUCCUCUAGGAUUGAGAUGUGUAAAGCUGCUCAAAGAGAGAGUUCUGGAAUGGGUAAGUCGUCACAAGAUAGAUAUGUUCCUUAUCAUUCCUCUAGGAUAGAGAUGUGUAAAGCUGCUCAAAGAGAGAGUUCUGGAAUGGGUAAGUCGUCACAAGAUAGAUAUGUUCCUUAUCAUUCCUCUAGGAUAGAGAUGUGUAAAGCUGCUCAAAGAGAGAGUUCUGGAAUGGGUAAGUCAUCACAAGAUAGAUAUGUUCCUUAUCAUUCUUCUAGGAUAGAGAUGUGUAAAGCUGCUCAAAGAGAGAGUUCUGGAAUGGGUAAGUCGUCACAAGAUAGAUAUGUUCCUUAUCAUUCCUCUAGGAUAGAGAUGUGUAAAGCUGCUCAAAGAGAGAGUUCUGGAAUGGGUAAGUCGUCACAAGAUAGAUAUGUUCCUUAUCAUUCCUCUAGGAUAGAGAUGUGUAAAGCUGCUCAAAGAGAGAGUUCUGGAAUGGGUAAGUCAUCACAAGAUAGAUAUGUUCCUUAUCAUUCUUCUAGGAUAGAGAUGUGUAAAGCUGCUCAAAGAGAGAGUUCUGGAAUGGGUAAGUCAUCACAAGAUAGAUAUGUUCCUUAUCAUUCCUCUAGGAUAGAGAUGUGUAAAGCUGCUCAAAGGGAGAGUUCUGGAAUGGGUAAGUCAUCACAAGAUAGAUAUGUUCCUUAUCAUUCCUCCAGGAUAGAGAUGUGUAAAGCUGCUCAAAGAGAGAGUUCUGGAAUGGGUAAGUCAUCACAAGAUAGAUAUGUUCCGUAUCAUUCCUCUAGGAUAGAGAUGUGUAAAGCUGCUCAAAGAGAGAGUUCUGGAAUGGGUAAGUCAUCACAAGAUAGAUAUGUUCCUUAUCAUUCCUCUAGGAUAGAGAUGUGUAAAGCUGCUCAAGAGAGAGUUCUGGAAUGGGUAAGUCGUCACAAGAUAGAUAUGUUCCUUAUCAUUCCUCUAGGAUAG